AUGCCCCUACGAUUACUGUGUCUCCAUGGCUGGGGAACGAAUCAAAAGGCAAGCCACCACCCGCACAAGACAGAAAAUCAACCCACUAACCUCCAGCAGAUUCUACAGUCGCAAUUGAAGGGUGACAUCGACUCAGAUCCUGGCCCGGGAAUCGCCGGAUACUAUGAAGGCCCGUACUACAGCUACUACCGGUUCCCGCGCACGUUCUCCCUCGAAGACAGCGACGAAUCCGACAUCCUGGAGGCGUACCAGCUGCUGAAUGAAACAGUCGCCUUGGAAGGCCCCUUCGACGGCAUUCUGGGCUUCUCGCAUGGCGGCACAUUGGCUGCGGGCUUCAUGAUCCACCAUGCGAAGAUGUAUCCGGACGAGCAGCCUUUAUUUCGCUGUGCUAUCUUCAUCAAUUCGCUGCCGCCGUUUCGGAUGGAUCCUGGUCCUGGUCAGCGGCCGGUUAUUGAUGAUGGUUUGCAGGGUUUCAUUUCUGUUCCCUGUGUGCAUGUUGCCGGCGCUAAAGAUCCGCUCUUUGAGUAUUCGUUGGCGCUGCAUCGGAUUUGUAAUGCAAGUUCUUCUACUUUUGCUGUUCAUGGGAAGGGCCAUGAUGUGCCCAGUGAUCAAAAGAAUGUUGCUAUUAUGGCUACUGCUAUUCGGAAACUGUGUAGUCAGACCCUGAUCUGGUGA